AAAGUGCCGUAGAACGGAUCUCGGUAUCAUACCCAGUCGAGUGACAAACUCGCGAGAGAGUCGAGCAACACUCCAGCCCUUCAGCAACUUCCGAAAACCUCGCCAUGUUCUUCAAGUGUGCCGUUCUCGCCCUCCUCGUGGCCUGCGUCACCGCGGCGCCCGCACCCGGCUACCUGGCGUCCGCUCCCGCGGUCGCCGCCGCACCCGUGGUCGCCGCCGCGUACUCGGCGCAUCCCGCGCCCAUCGUCCACGCGGCCGCCCCGGUCGCCUACACCGCGCACGCAGCCCCGCUUGCCUACGCUCAUGCGGCCGCCCCGUACGCGUACGCCACGCACGGCGCCCACCUCGCCUACGCUGCACCUGCCAUCAGCUACAUUCAUUAAGACGGACGAGGGGGAUACUUCCUUGGGGGAAGGACGACGGGGGCUGAUUUUCCACGGGAUCGGAUUAACAUUACAUUGAAUGACAACGUCGUUUCUUCUUCUAUCUGAGAAGGAAAUUAUAUGUAUUUUUUAUUAUGUCUAACACACAUGCAGAGAUAACAAUAAAUUGAUAUAUUUUGCUCAAGUGUCGUUUGUUUAUUA